UCUUUCUAUCGAUUUUUUUUAUUGGGUUUCUUUUUCACUUCAUCACUGGUUUUUGAGAAGCCAUGAAAACCCAUCUCCCACUUCAAAACCCAUGUUUCUAGAUCGGCAAGAAAUAAUUCUAAUUCUCAGAGAAGAAGCACCCAUUAAUUUUUCUUCAAGAGCAACCCCAGGAAAUAGAUAGAAGUUCCCCUGGGAAAAAAUGGGAACAUCUUUUUUCCGGGCACUCCGGCUGAGGAAGGAUAAGAGUAAACCCCUCCCUUCUCUUUCUUCGUCAAAGGCUCCAGCUACAGAAACAGAGGAUUUGAAUAGAAAAAGAUUUGAUAGUCUGGAAUCAUGGUCCAUGUUAUUGGAUUCCGAAAAUGUGGAGACCUGGGAAGCAUCAAAUCAGGACCCGGAGGAAUGGACUGCUGAUCUUUCUCAGCUAUUUAUCGGCAACAAAUUUGCUUCUGGUGCUCACAGUCGGAUCUACCGAGGAAUUUACAAACAAAGGGCAGUUGCAGUGAAGAUGGUAAGGAUUCCAAAUCAGGAUGAGGAGACCCAAGAUUUGCUUGAGAAGCAGUUCAAGUCUGAAGUCGCCCUGCUUUCGCGUCUUUCCCAUCCCAAUGUGGUUCAGUUCAUUGCGGCUUGUAAAAAGCCUCCUGUUUUCUGCAUCAUCACAGAGUACAUGUCACAAGGAACUCUUAGGAUGUAUCUCAACAAGAAAGAGCCAUAUUCGCUUUCAACUGAAACAAUUUUGAGAUUAGCUCUUGACAUUUCCAGAGGAAUGGAAUAUCUUCAUUCUCAAGGUGUGAUCCACAGGGACCUCAAAUCCAAUAACUUACUCCUCAAUGAUGAGAUGCGGGUCAAAGUGGCGGACUUUGGUACCUCAUGUCUGGAAACACAGUGUCAAGCAGCAAAAGGUAACAUGGGGACUUACCGUUGGAUGGCCCCAGAGAUGAUCAAGGAGAAACCAUACACCAGGAAAGUAGAUGUGUAUAGCUUUGGCAUUGUUCUUUGGGAACUCACAACAGCUCUGCUUCCAUUUCAAGGAAUGACACCUGUGCAAGCAGCAUUUGCUGUGUCAGAGAAGAAUGAAAGGCCCCCGUUGCAAGCUAAUUGUCAGCCUGCACUUGCCAACCUCAUAAAGCGUUGCUGGUCAUCAAACCCUUCAAGGCGACCGGAUUUCAGCAACAUUGUCUUAGCUUUGGAAAAUUACGAUAGGUGUGUCAAGGAUGGCCUGCCACUUCCUUCCCAUUCAGCGUUGGUAAGCCAGAAUGUGAUUCUUGAUCGUUUCAAAACCUGUAUCUCCUCCAUACCUGUGAAUGUUUGAUAUUAUUAUUAUUAUUAUUUUUUGGGUGG